AAAUAUAUAUAUACUUUAAUUGUGUUUUCUACGUGAUAAUAAACACCGGAUGCAAGUCAGACACUUGAUUUAAACAGUAGAGCUGUUUCCAUGGGGCCUUUUUUUGAUCGGUGAUUACACAUAUAGCCCCGGCACACACACGAACGAACCAACCAACCAAGCACACACACACAUAGUCUGCGUGAAUCGAUCGUUUCUGGGGAGCCCCGGUUGCCAUGGCUCGCGUAACCUUUUCUUUCUAGACUGGGAAAACUUUGUUAAAUCGAUCCGCGACUUUAUUAGAUCUAUCCCGUUAUUAACCGUUAACAUUUCGCUUUAGUCUUUCAAACAAUAAGAGCCCGUCCUGACCGUGGAAUUCAGAGUCUCCGCGUUGAAAUUCUUAGUCGCAUAUUAGUCGGUUAUUGACAUCUGGUCGACGAUUUCCUUUUUAUUUCAAACAAAUUCCUUUCAAAUUAAACCAAAUUUGAGCUCAUUAUUUAUCGUCAUGGAUUACGAAGAAGAUCAACUGAUUGAACAGACUCGACUCUGUCAACUGGAAGAAUUGGCUUCUGACAGAUGGCUGUUGCAUCAUCAAGCCGUGGUCCAGUUAUCGCUCAAGGCCGUCUCCCAGACUGCUCAGCUCCGUGAAGAAACCGUCUACGCCAAACUAAUGGAAGCAGAGAAAGUUUCCCUGCUGGUCUACGAUGCCAUCCUGAUCGAAAUAUGGAGGGAGGAGAUCCUGCCUCACUUGCUCAAGACCGAAUCUUCCCUUUCACCUUUAAUGAUUUACUCGGUGGUGAGUUGUCAAAAUAUGAAUAACAACCAGCUAGCCAGCCAGCCAGCCAGCCCGGGUUGCACACAAAAACAAAAGGCCCCCACCUUUUUUCUUUUCUUCUCCCAACCUAACGACAACACAGAAAUAAAUUUAAAAAAGAGAGAGAGAGAAGCCUUUCCUUUUUGUCUCAAACAAACCCACAUUCCCCUUUUACCUUAUUGUUGGCAGCUGUACCACGAAGGAGCCGUCAUUAGCUUGCUGGAGCUAUUGCUGUACCAUUCGGCGGCCUGCGAAGCCCUGGGCGACUCAAUCGUCGAUUUACUCGACUAUUGCCAUCGCACGCUCUUGCGUUCAGCAGCAGCUUCGGCGUCGUCGAGGAACCACCCGUCCUUGGCCGACAGCCCAAUCCUCAAGCACCUGGACGUCAGCCACUUGGAGGCCAACAUCGCCAUCCGCUGCAUCGCCAUUCUACGCUUUCUCGCCGGUCACGCAGACAAUUUGUCCGAAAUCGUUACAUCCCGGAUGCUAACAACGACGGACGUGCCGCUGUUGGCGGUCCAGCUACUGAUGGACCAGCAACCGUGGAUCCGGCGGGUCAGACGCCAAAGCGACGGUGAUGAUGAAAGCGGAAGCCGGAACGACGACGACGAAAUGUUGGAAAUCUACGACAACGGUCAAUGGCGUCGCUGCUCUCACGACGAAGCAUCCGGCUCAAGCGGUGGCCAGAUCCAUCCAGUAGCUGCCCACCUAUGGCUCCUCCUAUUGUCCCUCCUGAUGAGUCCCGUGGCCCCACGCAAAUACGACCUCAACGACUUCCGGUGCCAGCAGUUACUCAAAUUGCGCUCCAGUUUGAAUCCGUACGUCAUCGAUCAAAUUCCUCCGCUGGCUGAGUUUGAACAAUGGCUGGUCCAACUCUCGAUUGUCGGCGCCCAUCAAGUUUGGCGUCAUUCCGGUUCCAGCCUGCAGAAGCCUUUCAUCCUGGAACUAGUGGCCGAAAUGAGACAGCUCAUGCUCAAGCAACUGGCCGCCGAAUGGACGGCCAUCCUCGAUGGCCAACGACAGUUUCUCAGCGACGAAUCACCCGAAACUAUCCAUCGGUUGGCGGCCAUUUACGAUCCGGAACACCUGGAAGCCACCUUCGACCAUUGCACAAGUCGUCAUACAACAACCGAGCCAACAACAACAACAUCAGCAGCAGCAGCAGCAGACGCAGCAGGACGACAGACGAAUAUUGCCGGCAGUAGUACGUGCACUUUGUGCGCCAAACCGGCCCUCCAUCGCUGCUCACGCUGCCGCCGUCAGCAUUAUUGCAGCAAGGAAUGCCAAGUAGCGGAUUGGCCGAACCACAAUUCGGAUUGCAAGCCGGCGCUGAAACCCCUGACUCGACGGGAUGGAGGCCACCUCAACCUUCUACUCCAGCAGCAGCACUGACACAUCAUCGCAUUAACUUCCAGCAGGCUGCUAUCUAGUAGUGUAAACCGCGGAUUUCUUUAUUGCAAUAUAGAGAGAAGAAGCCGAAAUAUAUUUAAGAGUCAAGGGUG